GUGUCGCUAUGCGCUGGGCAUGCAGGAUCGAACCAUCCCCGACGAGGAUCUAUCUGCCUCAAGUGCCUGGUCUGACUCCACAGCCGCCAAGCACAGCCGGCUGGACACAAGCGACGGGGAUGGGGCGUGGUGCCCGGCGGGGCCCGUUUAUCCCAACGACGCCGAGUUCCUGGAGGUAGAUCUGCGGCACCUGCACUUCCUGACCCUGGUGGGCACCCAGGGCCGCCAUGCGGGGGGCCACGGCAAGGAGUUUGCCCGGACCUACCGCCUCCACUACAGCCGCGACCGGCACCACUGGCUCGCCUGGCGGGACCGCUGGGGCAAUGAGGUGAUCUCUGGGAACGAGAACACCAACGAGGUGGUACUGAAGGACUUGGGGCCGCCCAUCAUCGCCCGCUACGUGCGCUUCUACCCACGCGCUGACCGUGUCAUGAGCGUCUGCCUGCGCGUGGAGCUGUACGGCUGCAUCUGGAGCGAUGGGCUGCAGUCCUACACCGCCCCCCUGGGCCAGACCAUGGCCCUUCAGCCGGAGCCUGUCUACCUCAAUGACUCCACCUACGAUGGCUACAGUGUCAGCAAGCUGCAGUUCGGGGGGCUGGGGCAGCUGACGGAUGGCGUGGUGGGGCUGGACGACUUCACCCAGACUAAGGAGCUGCGGGUCUGGCCAGGCUAUGACUAUGUGGGCUGGAGAAAUGACUCCUUUCCCAAAGGCUACAUGGAGAUGGAGUUCGAGUUCGACAGCCUGCGGGUCUUCACUUACAUGAUGGUCCACUGCAAUAACAUGCACACGCGAGGGGUGAGCAUAUUCCGGCAGGUGGACUGCAGGUUCAAACGCAGCCUCCCCACAGCCUGGGAGCCUGAACUCGUCUCCCACGUCCUGGCUGUGGACGUCAAGGACCCCAGUGCUCGGUCAGUCACUGUACCCCUGGAGGGGCACCUCGGGCGUUUCCUGCAAUGCCACUUCCACUUCUCCGGCACUUGGAUGCUCUUCAGUGAGAUCGCCUUCCUCUCGGAUGUGGUGGACGACGCGUCCGUUUCUGGAACAAGUCACUGGCCCCCAAUGGCUGGCCCCCGGCCCUCGGGCAGGGGUGCUGCAGCCCCCCCUGUCCUGGAAGACCCUGGCUCCACGCUUCACAGAGACACUGGGGCUACGUCCAACCUCACACUCCAGGACCUCGAGGUCCAAGGAGAGUCUAAAUCUGGCCAGCCUAUCGCCAAGGCUGAUAACAGCAAUACCUCCAUUCUGAUUGGCUGCCUGGUGGCCAUUAUCCUGCUGCUAUUGGUCGUCAUCUUCCUCAUUCUUUGGAGGCAGUAUUGGAAAAAGAUCCUGGGGAAAGCCCAGCGGCGAAUCUCCGACGAUGACCUGACCGUGCACUUGUCGGUCCCGGGUGACACUAUUGUUAUCAACAACACGAUGGGCUCCCAGCGCCACUCAAACCGCUACGAGCGCAUCCACUCUGGGGAGACAGAGUAUCAGGAGCCCAGCCGUGCCCGCAUGAAAUUGCCCGAGCUGCCCCAUGGUGCCGAGAACUCCGCCUGCAGCGGCGACUAUAUGGAACCAGACCCUGCCGGGGCCCAGGCCGCGGCGCAGAGCAACGUCCCGCACUACGCCGAGGCAGACAUUAUCAACCUGCAGGGGGUGACAGGCGGGAACACCUACGCUGUGCCCGCUGUGGCCGUGGAUGCGCUGGCCGGCAAGGACAUGGCCCUGGGGGAAUUCCCCCGGGGGCGUCUCCUCUUCAAGGAGAAGCUAGGGGAGGGGCAGUUUGGAGAGGUGCAUCUCUGUGAGGUGGAAAGUCCCCAGGAUCUGCCCAUUCUGGAGUUCCCAUUCAACGUGCGCAAGGGACGCCCCCUGCUGGUGGCUGUGAAAAUCCUGCGCUCUGACGCCACCAAGAACGCCAGGAAUGACUUCUUGAAGGAGGUGAAAAUCAUGUCGCGGCUGAAGGACCCCAACAUCGUGCGGCUGCUGGGUGUGUGCGUGCGGGAUGACCCCCUGUGCAUGAUCACCGAGUACAUGGAGAACGGGGACCUCAACCAGUUCCUCAGCAGCCACGAGCUGGAGGACAAGCUGGGGGGCAGCACCAGCGAUGCCCCCACCAUCAGCUACCCCACGCUGGUCCACGUGGCGGCUCAGAUUGCCUCGGGGAUGAAGUUUCUGGCCUCUCUCAACUUUGUGCACCGGGACCUGGCCACGCGCAAUUGCCUGGUGGGGGAGGGUUUCACCAUCAAGAUCGCCGACUUCGGCAUGAGCCGCAACCUCUACUCGGGGGACUACUACCGCAUCCAGGGGCGCGCCGUGCUGCCCAUCCGCUGGAUGGCCUGGGAGUGCAUCCUCAUGGGGAAGUUCACCACGGCCAGUGACGUCUGGGCUUUCGGGGUGACGCUCUGGGAGGUGCUGAUGCUGUGUCAGGAGCAGCCCUACAGCCAGCUCACCGACGAGCAGGUCAUCGAGAACGCCGGGCAGUUCUUCCGGGACCAGGGCGAGCAGAUAUACCUGUCCCGGCCCCCUGCCUGCCCCCUGUCUCUCUAUGAGGUGAUGCUGCGCUGCUGGGUCCGCGAGUCCAAGGACCGACCCUCCUUCCAGCACAUCCACCGCUUCCUGUCUGAGGACGCCCUCAACAUGGUGUGAGCCAAGCUGAGCAGAGGUGGGGGGGCCAACCCAUGUGGACCCCCAGGCAUCAGCUUCUGUUCUGCAUCUCUCCAGCUACAGCUGUGGGUCGUCUGUGUGGGAGCUCGGGUGGGGAGCUGGAUUUGGGAACUGGAAGCUUCUCUACGGCGUCUUAAGGGGCAUCUGUCCUUGUGUCUGGCCCUACCUCUGUCAGUCCAUCCCUGGCUGGCCAGCCUGCCAGCCACUCUAGCUAGGUCACACCUCUCCAGGCAUUCCUGACCCUUUCUAGCAAUCUAUUUCUUCUUCUAUUCAUGCUUUCUUCGUUCUCUCUCUCUCACACACACACUCCAUAUCCCUCUCUCACUUUCUGUCC